AAAUAACUCGACGUGGGAAAGAUACCUAACCCUCCGUCCUCCUUCGACUUGUAGCCUAAAACGCCUUUCCUGUGAGGGACAUCAGCAGGGCAGGGAUUUCCGGCUGAACGACGACCACAAUGUGGAUAGCAUCUCCCCAUUCUGGAAUCUUCCAAUGCACCAAGAAGCUCUUCUUGAGUGAGCAGGCAGGCCGUGCGCAAGCUGUCGAGUUCCUGCGCAAGAAUGCGGCCAACUCUAUCUCUAUGGCCAACCUUCUCAUGGGCCUCUCCUCCGUCCUCUGCAGCCUUAACGGGCAGUACCACUACGCGGGCUGGCUAGUCCUCACGGGCUUCGUGCUGGACCUUGCCGACGGAGCCGUCGCGAGGCAACUCAACGCCUGCUCUGCCUUGGGGGCUAAACUGGACGACUUUGCAGACUUCACCUCCUUUGGCCUGGCCACGGGCCUCCUUCUGCAGGCCCACGGACUCCUUGACGGAUUGCUGGUGAUCGUCUACGUGCUGGCGGUGUUUACGCGGCUGUGUUUCUUCUCCAGCGGGAUGCCCUUUAUGUACCGGGGUUUGCCAUGUCCCUACGGCGCUUCCAUGGUAGCAGCCACCUACUUCCUGACCGGAGGCCACCUGGUGGCCAUGCGCCUGAUGGCCAUGGUGAUGAUCCUUUUCAUGGUGGACCAAGGCUUCUAUCCCCAUGACAAAGUGCUGGAGUCCCAGGCUUGGAAGAAGGCCAUCUUCGGAGGAGGUAUCUUGGUGCUCCUGUUUCACACCUCCUUCCUGGCCUCUCUCUACUUCCUGAUUUGGUCCAUAUCAUACAUUUUUUUCCCCAACACUUUGUGGAGUUACAAAGUCUAAACUCGUCAGAGGGUGCGAGUGGACGCUGCCAGCACUGCACCCCGCCAAGGCAGUCUCUUCAGCGACUGGGACGAUGGAUCCAGUGUUAAAAAUCCAUAUUUUGUCUAAAUGCUGAAGUCUUUCAUCAACUUGAGAUGAUAAAAAACGUCUGGGAAAUUUAUCCAUUGCUUCCGGCAGUGCGUCCCCUUGUUGGGCUGCCUGUUGCCUGAAGAACGAAGUCAACAGUUGGCUAACAUGCUGAGUCUUUGGUCAGUGUAGUUACGUACAGAUUCUUUAUACCCUUGCUUAUAUAUUUUUUAAUGCCAGUUGUUUACUCGCUGAUAGCUUUUAGGGACAUGGGGAAAACUUGAAUACAGACCUCUUGCCACUUUCCACUCUUGUGGCGUUCUCACUCUGGAUCCAUCAGAGGGGCUUCCUUCUUUAACCAGUUUUUUGCAAUAGGUGAGCUAGCUGAACAUGCAACCUUUGCACAGAGAAGGGAAUCCCGCUGCUUCCAGAGACAAAUUUGGCCCCUUAAGAGGAAGAGGAAAUUAUCUCUCACAUGACUGCCCUCUUCUUAUCCAGGCCCACACAAGAAGAGGAGCAAAGUCUGGCUCUUAAUGGGUGAGAUAUUAAAACUGUCUUUAACCCAUAACUGAUAAGUUAAGCUCUUUCUGGGUCUUUUAAAAAACUCCACUACUUGUGAAGACAGUUGUAGUCUGCGCACACGUUCUACUCUAUUAUGAGUGAGUAGUCUUUCCCACAGAGUAGACAGGAAACAGGGCAAUGAAAAAUCUCGAUGUGCCAUCCAGAAAUUUAAGCCAACCUCCAUCAACAUGGGGUGGAACUACUGCCGGAGAUAGUUUGGGAAUUUCCCCACCAGCUGGGCCUGCAAAAAGUCUGCAUCUGGUAUGAAGAAGGAGGAUCUCUGGAAUUAAGUUGCCAAGCAAACAGGCCAGUCCAUGGUGGUCCCUCCCACCACACAUUCCUCUGCUACCGGAGGGGCUAAAGGAAGGCGCAAACUUCUGCCAACAUCUGUGAGCUGCCCAGCUUUGCUAAAGGAAUCCUUUAUACACCUUACUGGUAGAUCUCUGAUCUAGAAUUCCACCCUGACUCUAGUUCUAGCCAGAAUCAUGGAAGACAUUCUAGAUCGGUGUUGGGCCCCCAAAUGCUUGUGGCAGGUAGUGCUUUUAAUAUUUUUUUAAUAUUCGUCAGGGUAACGAAGUACAUCGGGAAAGCGGUCUCUUCCCAAGAGCUAUUAGAUAAAACACAAGAGGAAAAAGAAGGAAGAUGAAUGUCGUGUCAUUGGAAAACUGUACUUGAAACUAACGUUCUCGUGUUUGGGAGGGAAAAUUAAACUCAUAAAACACUGAAGA